ACCGUCUCUUCACCGCCUUGGCUGGGCCCGGCCCUCUCUAGGCUCCCGUGCUCCUCUCUGUCAGACGCAGCCAGCGGAUGGCAGGCACUGCGUCAGGAUGCCCAGCAUCUUCGCCUACCAGAGCUCGGAGGUGGACUGGUGUGAGAGCAACUUCCAGCACUGGGAGCUGGUGGCCGAGUUCUACAACACGUUCAGCAAUGUCACCUUCUUCAUCUUUGGGCCUCUCAUGAUGUUUCUGAUGCACCCAUAUGUCCAGAAACGUUCCCGCUACAUUUAUGUCACCUUCAUCCUCUUCACAGUCGUAGGUCUGUUCUCUAUGUACUUUCACAUGACACUCAGCUUCCUGGGCCAGAUGCUGGAUGAGAUCGCUAUUCUGUGGCUGCUGGCCAGUGGCUACAGCAUAUGGAUGCCCCGCUGCUACUUCCCUGCCUUCCUAGGGGAGAACAGGCCCCAGUACAUCUGCCUGGUCAUCACCGCCACCGUGGUCAGUACCUUCCUGUCCUUCCUGACGCCCAUGAUCAACGCGUACGCCCUCAACAGCAUUGCCCUGCACAUCGUCUGCAUCGUGGCCCAGGAAUAUAAAAAGACCAGUAAUAAGGAGCUUCGGCGUCUAAUUGAGGUCACCAUGGUUUCAUGGGCUUUUGCGUUUACUAGCUGGAUCAGUGACUGCUGGCUUUGCAGUUUCUGGCAGUGGAUUAAUUUCUCCUACCUGCACAGCAUCUGGCAUGUACUCAUCAGCAUCACCUUCCCCUAUGGCAUUGUCAUCAUGGCCAUGGUGGAUGCCACGUAUGAGAUGCCGGACAAAACUCUCAAAGUCUGCUACUGGCCUCGGGACACUUGGCCCAUGGGGCUGCCCUACGUGGAGAUCAGUGAUGACAACAAGAGCUGCUGAGGUCCGCCAGCUUCUUGACCACCCAGCUACCUGCGUCCUGAGGACAGAAACCUGAAUGGGGAGACUGAGAGACACUCGCAGUUCCACCCUCCAGCUCCAUUUCCCCAUCCUCCUGGUCCUCCGUGGCCCCAUCCUGAGGCAGGGGAUGGACUUCACAGCCUCUCUGUGCUGUAGUCUGAUGACCCUGGGCGGCUGCCUGGCAGAGCUCCCCUCCACAACCUGCCCCUGUUCUCUUUCACUUCCUCUUCCUGGUUCACUGUUGUCACGUGACCAGGCUGGAUGACCUGGUGCUGUGAUUCUGUGGCAGCCACUGGGAAUGACCUCAGGCUGGGGCUUGGUCCCCGGGCACCUUAUGAAGAGUGGCGGUCACUAUGAGACUCUUUGGACCUGUCUUUGGCUGUGCAAUGUCACUGGUACUUGGGGGGCAUCCCAGAGAAGGGACAUGUUUUCCAGUCACCUCAUUCUACACUCACACAUGCGUGCAGAGACCUCACAGAUCCUCACACGGGCUCACACCGGCUCCCAUGGAGUUGUGGGGUUGACAGCAGAGCAACUUGGAGGCCAGGACUGGGUGAUUUGGGUACUGUUGGGGCACGGGCAUCAGUACGGGAGCUGCAGUGGCCGGUACAGGCUCUCAAAGCGAGGGGAGAAGGGGAGGGUGAUUUCCAUGGCGGUUAAGAGCCCAGGGCUUGGAGUCAGGCAGAUGUAAGUUCGAAUUCUGCUCCACCAUCUCCUACUUGUAUUAUCCGGGGUAAGCGAUUUUUUCCUGCCUCUGAGGUUCAAGGACCAUGUCUGUAAAACAUUCCUUCUUUCCUGGGAUUUCUGUGUAGAUAAAACAAGAUAACAUAUAAAGUGCUUA